AGACUUGUGAUUAGUUUACGUUACACUCUACAUGUAGCGCGUUUCAACCGGUUGAUUUGUACGCACAGGAAAUUAAGCGACGCUAUAAUUUCAGUUGCAGGCAAACUCGUGAUGUACUUGUUUGUUCACAGUUCAACAUAUUUGCCUUUCUAAAGUUAGAAAAUCCAUCGUUGACGCCGAAUCGUCGAUUAAACUUGCUUCAAUCUACCGGCGAAGAAUCAGACAGUAUUUUUACUCCUUCACAUACUACAGCGGUUUCUGAAUGGUUUUAAUGUGGACGUUCACAAUUAUUUUUAUGGUAAAAGAGACUACGUCUUAAAACCAUAAAGAGGCGUCACUGAGCUUGGAGGCAGACGACUGCAUCUCCAUUGUUGUUUUUCUCGAUAUUUUUAUUAGAACGUCACUUGGUCUAAUAUAUGCACUGGCAUAAAAUAACAAAACAAAAACAACUGACCUUUCUGACUCGAUCAGAAGUAAACGAUCUGCUGAAAACAUCAACAAUGUAUUCCGUUAUGAUGUUACGAAGGUAACUUUGAUCAGACGCGGAAACUUAUGAGAGAGAGGUAAACAAUGGAAAGACCUCGCCACAGAUCAUUGCAAAGGGAAAUUUUGAUUCACGUUUCAGAGUUUCGUUCGCGCUCGAAGGACCCCUUACUCAGACAACGGUCUCGGUCGUUAGGAGAAGAAGAAAGCUUGAAUCCUCCAAUUAAUAGAAAAGGGCUUCAUGUUAAGCUUCCCAAACAGAGUCCCAGAUCAUUGAACGGCAGUGCAACUUCAUUGUCAUCACUGGAUACCACAGCAGGGUCUCACUCUCCAUCUUCUCCUCGAAACAACAAGACAUUAGUAAUUCACAGAUUGUUUGGAAGGAACAAAGAGAGUCAUGGUGCACACAGUGGAAGAGAAGAUUCUGAGAACGAGGAUGGUGGCUUGCAGUUGAAGUUGAAUGUACCAACAACAAGGAACAAACAAUUCUCUAAAGUCCUGGCUGAGAUCCGAGAAAGAACUAUGCCCUCGUCGCUCGGCAGGCGCCGCAGCAAAACACAAGAGUCUUCGACAUCAGACUCCCGUAACAGCGCUGAUAGUGAUGGCGGACAAGGUCGGCCUCGGGGUGCUGCUUCCGCCGUGAGCUCUUCUAGUGGUACUGGGUCAGAGAUUCAAACGAGAGGGAGAAGCGGUACAGCAUUGUCCUUGAAUGAAGAUGACUCUGGCGAAGUAGAUUCGCUUGAUGGAACGUUUAGUUCUCAAGAUAAGGACUAUGAGGAAGUGGAUGGGCAGAUAAUCGACUCAGAGAAACGUAAACAGCAGGUGGAGCACUUGAAUUUCAAGAUAAGGAUAACCAAGGAACAGAUUCGACAGUUACAGGAAGAGAGAGAUGAGUAUGUGAAAGAGUACCUGGAAUCGACGGAAGGUGGCUCACAAAAAUCUAAAGCUGUCUUCGAGAAGAAAAACCAGAAAAAUAAUACGCUUGUGGCUCAACUACAGAAAAAACUGGAGAAAUAUCACAACACGUUAAUAGAACUGGAAAUGAAUGGUGCAGCCCCAAGCGGACACAUCGCUAAAGAAGUGUUCAAAGAUCGAUGGCCUUGAAGAAGAACCGAACAGUUCUUUAGGUGAAGAGGGUUUUGUUGGAGAUUCCAACCUUAGUCCGGCGAGAUACAACAGCGACGAGGAUUCGUCGAGUGUAGCGUCAGCUACGCAUAUUGGGGGUCCAGUCCGCGGUAACAGCCCACGUCAUAGCCUCCCCCCCAGUCCUCCAACGUCAUACGAGCAGGAUAUAAGCGAACUGCGUGAGACUAAUACCAGGCUGAAAAAACAAAUAGACAACUUGACGCUUCAGUUAGAUAUUGUGGCUGAAUCACUCCAAGAAGAAAGAUGCAAAUCCGAGCAACUGCGAGAUUCACUAAAAAGCAUUACAACGGAAUGGAACGACGUGUCAGAAUUACGUCAGAACGAGAUGAUAACCGUGAAACAAGAGCUUGAAAGAGCCGAGGAGCGGAUUGAACGAAUCGAAUACCGGUCAGCGGAACGAGCAAACGAGAUCGAGGAAGCGCUGGAUUCUUACGUCACAAGGGUUUUAAAAAUAGAAGCCUUUCAACAGCAGAGCCAACAGAUGAUGGGGCUGGAUGAUUACUUUGAUCAGAGUGCUCAGGCUAAAGCGCUUUUAUCGAAAUUUCUCACAGUGGUGCUCGCCAUUGUACAAAUUAUACUUAUUAUAUGCACGACGUUAGCCAGAAUAGUUAUUCCCUUCACAAGAACAAGGGUUCGUAUUGCAAUAACAAGUGUCGUUGUUUUAUCCGUGGCGUUGUUAUGGAGAUAUCAAGAGAGCGAUAAUGUGCGUAUCGUUAUGGAUAGCGUCUCAGGACAGUUCACAAUAAUUAAAGACAGACUCGCAUCUCUUGGAAGUCCAAUUCAAAACUUCGUGAGAAAGAUAUAUCAGAGAGACAAGUCAUGACAAAGAUGUGUGUGACGUUGCUGGCAAAAGUAACAGAGGACUGGAACUUACAAGAUAAAUGCACAAUUUAGUCACCUUUUAUUGUUAGUUUUUUGGUCAUUUUUGUCGAGCUUUUUUAUCUGUUGGAAGAAAAAUCAAGAAAGAUUUGAUAUUCAGUAUAACCUUCACCGACAGGAGUACUUCUGUGGAAAAGUAAAACGGGCCUCUCUUAUCCUUUUUAGCACGUAGAUAUCUUCUAUGUGAUGGAUUUUUAGCGAUUUCUUUGUUAUAUACUGUAUUUCACAUUUUACAUGCACACACGCCGCACUUAAAAUUAUUCCCAGCAACUUGGCUUGACUUAUUUUUGUGGUUGCGGGUUUCAGCACUAUUUUCUUGGCUAUUUAGUGGCUGCCUGUCAGAUCACUCACCGUCAAACACAAACAUAAAAAAAAAUAAUACUAAUUGUAAUUAAUCUAAUUUAUUUUUCUCGCUGGUCCGAAGAACAGAAUCAUAACAAUGAUUUUUACAAUGAGAGGGUUAAUCUAUUUAUUUAUAUGAACGAGAAAAUUCAAUUGCUUCGCUAUUAAGCACUAUAUGAAGCUGGGAUCGACGAAUGAAUUAAAUCUAAGCCGUUAAUUAUUGUGGAGAAAGUUUAGUGGUCGUUUAGACCAUAACCCAAGUUAUAGUCUUUCCUAAGGCUAGUCGCGUUGGUAGCACGCGAGCGCACGAGAAACCUCCACGCAAGGGUUGCCUCCGCGCGCGGAUGUAACUAAACUUGGCAGUGGCACUGGACAGUUUGUCAACUAAGCAUUCUUAAACAGCUUUUACUAGCCACUAGUGCUUUGAACUCAACAUAACUGAAUAAAUUAUCUGUACCCUUCUGGCAGGGGGAUUAACGAA